GAUAUGAUCAGUAAAAUGCUGAAAAUGCAGAUGCUAGAGGAUGAGGAUGAUCUAGCUUAUGCAGAAACUGAGAAGAAGGCAAGAACAGAUUCAACUUCAGAUGGGCGUCCAUCCUGGAUGAGAACACUGCACACCACAGCCUCCAACUGGUUCCAUCUUAUCCCACAAACUCUAAAUCAUCUUAAACGAACAGUGGAAAAUAUUAAGGAUCCGUUGUUCCGAUUCUUUGAGAGAGAAGUGAAAAUGGGAGCCAAAUUACUUCAGGAUGUCCGUCAGGAUCUUGCAGAUGUGGUUCAGGUUUGUGAAGGCAAGAAGAAACAGACUGACUACUUGCGUACACUUAUAAACGAAUUGGUGAAAGGUAUUCUGCCUCGUAGCUGGUCUCAUUACACU